AUGCCGUCAGCGGCAACGGAGAAUAAGGCCAAUGUUCCUAAAAAAGGGAUAUUUAACAACACCACGGGCUUUAGCACUCUUAUUACUGUUACAGUUUUAUCAUUAGCUUGGUUGGCCGGUUUUGCUUCCCGGCUUUUUGCUGUUAUUCGUUUUGAAAGUAUUAUUCAUGAAUUUGACCCAUGGUUCAACUACAGGUCUACCGCGUAUAUGGUACAGCAUGGGUUUUAUAAUUUUUUGAAUUGGUUUGACGAACGUGCCUGGUACCCAUUAGGUCGCAUUGUGGGGGGUACGGUGUACCCCGGACUUAUGAUAACUUCAGGAACCAUACAUUGGAUCCUACAUACAUUAAACAUACCCAUCCAUAUUAGAGAUAUCUGUGUUUUCCUUGCACCUGUCUUCAGUGGCCUUACAGCUAUAGCCACCUACCUUUUAACCUCAGAACUUUGGUCUAGAGGUGCAGGAUUGUUUGCUGCAUGUUUCAUAGCUAUCAUACCGGGCUACAGUAGUCGAUCUGUGGCUGGUAGUUACGACAAUGAGGGCAUUGCCAUAUUUGCAUUACAAUUCACAUAUUACUUGUGGUUGAAGAGCAUUAAAAGUGGGUCAAUAUUUUGGUCGAUUUGUACAGCACUGUCUUACUUUUACAUGGUGUCAGCAUGGGGUGGUUAUGUGUUCAUCAUUAAUUUAAUUCCGCUUCAUGUGUUUGUGUUGCUCAUAAUGGGCAGAUUUUCACAAAGAUUGUUUGUAAGCUACUCAGUCUUCUAUAUAGUAGGACUGUUAUUGUCUAUGCAGAUACCAUUUGUAGGUUUUCAACCUAUCCGCACAAGUGAACAUAUGGCGGCAUCAGGGGUAUUUGCCUUGCUUAUGGCAAUCGGUGCUCUGAAGUAUUUACACAGUCUGAAUCCUAAAGGACAAUGGAAGCAGCUGUUGAUCCUUGGUGGUCUGGUCGCUGCUGUAACAGUGUUCUUGGCUGUGGUUCUUCUCACAUAUAUGGGAAUUAUUGCUCCCUGGAGUGGCAGGUUCUACUCUUUAUGGGACACAGGGUAUGCUAAGAUCCAUAUUCCUAUAAUAGCGUCGGUAUCAGAGCAUCAGCCGACCACAUGGUCAUCUUUCUUCUUUGACCUCCACGUUCUGGUGUGCACCUUCCCCGUAGGAUUGUGGUACUGCAUCAAGAAUGUCAACGAUGAAAGAGUGUUUGUGGCGCUAUAUGCUCUAUCAGCGGUUUACUUCGCCGGUGUAAUGGUUCGGUUGAUGUUAACUUUAACGCCGGUGGUGUGUGUGUUGGCUGGGAUCGCCUUCUCCAUACUGUUGGACCUGGUGCUUAGAGAGGAUGAAACUCCAGCACCAACACAGGAAAGCGAUGAUAAGAACUUGUAUGAUAAGGCUGGUAAAUUAAAAAAGCGUACCCCAGAGCCAGUCGGGGAGACUGGUUUAGGUAUGAAUGUACGUUCAGGUACCCUCAUAGCAUUCAUGAUACUAUUGAUGUUGUUCUCCGUUCACUGCACCUGGGCCACCUCAAACGCAUACUCAAGUCCUAGCAUAGUGCUGGCCAGCUAUGGUAAUGAUGGAUCACGUAAAAUCUUAGAUGACUUCCGAGAAGCUUAUGGUUGGUUAUCACAGAACACAGCUGAAGAUGCCCGAGUGAUGUCCUGGUGGGACUACGGUUACCAGAUAGCUGGUAUGGGCAACAGAACUACCCUAGUGGACAAUAAUACUUGGAACAAUUCUCACAUAGCAUUGGUUGGUAAAGCCAUGGCAAGUAAUGAGACGGCAGCUUACAAUAUAAUGACUAUGUUGGAUGUGGAUUAUGUUCUGGUUAUAUUUGGUGGUGCCAUCGGUUACUCAGGUGAUGAUAUCAAUAAAUUCAUCUGGAUGGUCAGAAUAGCUGAGGGCGAACAUCCUAAGGAUAUACAUGAAGCUGAUUACUUCACAGAGAGAGGGGAGUACAGAAUAGAUUCAGAGGCAUCAAAAACUAUGUUAAAUUCACUUAUGUACAAAUUAUCAUAUUAUCGAUACGAUAGCGGUGGAAGUCCCCCGGGCUUCGACCGUACUCGCGGCGCCCUGCCUGGUCUGCGUGGAUUCAAACUGACGUACCUCGAGGAAGCCUACACCACUGAGCAUUGGCUCGUCAGAAUAUAUAGAGUUAAGAAACCAGAUGAAUUCAACCGACCACGACUGCCUCUGGCCAAGAGGACAAUACAGACCUCCAAUGUCAUGUCUAAGAAACUGGCUGUUGAUAUAGGACACAUGACGUCAAAAAGAAGAAAAGGUGCGUUAAAGAACAAGCCAAUAUUAGUGAAGGGCAAGAAAGUGACCAAGUUGGAUUGA